AUGCAGCGCUCUACUUAUGAUGCCCGUUCGGGCUCUCGGUCUUCCAGUCACAGUAAUAGCAGUGCUUUCAGUCCAAACGCAAACCCCAACGAAGAUUGGACCAAGAUCUCUGAUCUAGCGGAGCGUCGUCGCAUUCAGAAUCGAAUUGCUCAAAGAAACUAUCGCAAGAAAUUGAAGCGCCGUCUGGAGGAUCUAGAGCGACGGGCUGCAUCUUCUGCCUCCCCAGAACAAUCCCAUGCAGAGCCCCCCAAGGCUACCCCCAAAGCUCGAACAAAGCGAGCCUCUAAAUCCGACGUGAAGCCACACCUUUCCCACCCAUCGGGAGACCGACCAGCUUCAUAUGACUUCUACCACACCCCCGAUGAGCGCGCCAUGUUCGGCCAACAAUGUACUCGCCAACUCUCUGCCUCUCCCCCACCGGCAUUCACCUACCCACCCAUGCCGCAAUAUGAUGCCUACCGACAAACCUACGGGCAAAUCCCCGUCUAUCAGACCAUGCAAAAUACAUACGGCAGCCUGUCAUUCCCAGAAUACAACGACACGAUCCCAUCCGUGGUCCCGAUGGUCCCCAAUACCGCGAUGGGAGCGCCCCGUAAACCUGCCUACGACGAGGACAUCAUGAGUCCAUUCAGUAUGAGCUAUGCCUCCAUGGCCGGCAUCGAACUAUGUCCUCAACCACAUCCCGAACCGGGUCUUUCGAUGCCUUCGCUCUCUUAUUACGAUGAUCGUGUCUCUACCUCGCCCGAGGCGUCGAUCUUCACGUUUCCCCUAACACCGCAAUCGCCACCUUGUUCGCCUCGCUCUAUGCCGGGGUUGUACGAAUAUGAUCUGCGGCCUUAA